UGUUGUGGCGGUGAGACUGAUUGUUCCAUUAUGGAUGGAGGGGAUGAUGGUAACCUUGUUAUCAAAAAGAGGUUUGUGUCUGAGGCAGAAUUAGAUGAACGGCGCAAAAGGAGGCAAGAAGAAUGGGAGAAAGUUCGAAAACCUGAAGAUCCAGAAGAAUGCCCAGAGGAGGUUUAUGACCCUCGGUCUCUAUAUGAAAGGCUACAGGAACAGAAAGAUAGGAAGCAGCAGGAGUAUGAAGAACAGUUCAAAUUCAAAAACAUGGUAAGAGGCUUAGACGAAGAUGAGACCAACUUCCUUGAUGAGGUUUCUCGGCAGCAGGAACUAAUAGAAAAGCAGCGAAGAGAAGAAGAACUGAAAGAACUGAAGGAAUACAGAAGUAAUCUCAACAAGGUUGGAAUUUCUCAAGAAAACAAGAAGGAAGUGGAGAAGAAAGUGGCUGUGAAACCCACAGAAACCAAGACCAAGUUCUCCCAGGCAAAGCUGUUGGCAGGAGCUGUGAAGCAUAAGAGCUCAGAGAGUGGCAACAGUGUGAAAAGACUGAAAUCGGACCCUGACCCAGAUGACAAGAAUCAAGAAGCCCCUUCCUGCGUGUCUCUUGGAAGCACAUCUCUGAGUGGUCCCUCCAUCCACUGCCCCUCCGCUGCCGUCUGUAUUGGCAUCCUCCCAGGUUUGGGCGCCUACUCUGGGAGCAGUGACUCUGAGUCCAGCUCAGACAGCGACGGCACCAUCAACGCCACCGGCAAGAUCGUCUCCUCCAUCUUCCGAACCAACACCUUCCUCGAGGCCCCCUAGUUCCUCUGUUCUCACCGCAGGGAGCUCCUCCCCAAGAGUAGACUGGACAGUUUAUUCUGCCUACAGGCAUUACCUCCCACAGAUAAGUCCUUUACCUGCGCCCUGUGCACACCGUGACAUUUUUAACCUCAUCUAAAAAUGUGCCAGAA